AUGUCCGGAGAAGGCCUGACCGCUAUAUGGAAUCCUAGCGUGAUCAAUGAACUCAUAGCAGGCUCCGUCGCAGGCGCGGCCCAAGUUAUUGUCGGUCAGCCACUUGACACGAUCAAGACAAGGGCACAGAUAGCACCGAAAGGAAUGUUUAAAGGGCCGAUGGACGUGCUCUUUCGCACUGUCAGAAAUGAGGGAGUACUGGGUUUAUACAAAGGAAUGGCGAGUCCGUUGAUGGGUAUUGCGGCUGUAAACUCGCUUCUGUUCACGGCGUACAACGUUUCGAAGCGGGUGAUCAGUCCUUUUCCGGAUCUUUCGAUUGCGCAGAUUGCAGCUGCUGGGUCCAUGGCUGGUGCCGCGAAUUCUGUUCUCGCAAGUCCCGUGGAGCUAUUCAAGAUUCGAAUGCAGGGCCAGUACGGCGACGCAAGUGAUCGGAAGUUGUCGAGGGUGUUCCGAGAUACGUGGAAAGCGCACGGGUUCAGACACGGCGUCAUGAGAGGAUUUUGGGCGACUGUUGCUAGGGAGAUUCCUGCUUAUGGCGCGUUUUAUGCAGGCUUUGAAUUUGCCAAGCGACGAUUUCAGCAAGAAUACGGGAAAGAGGUUCCAGUGUGGGCGUUGUUGUCCUCUGGGUCGUUUGGCGGGAUAUCAUAUUGGCUUGCGUGCUAUCCACUAGACGUCGUCAAAAGUCGCGUGCAGCUGAGCGACAAGCCACUUCGUGGACUAUGGUACAUUACAGACGAGAUAGCGGCUGUAGUAAGAGAAGGUGGAGCACGAGCAUUAUUCAAGGGUUUGUCUCCGUCGUUACUCAGAAGCAUUCCUGCUGCUGCUGCCACAUUCGCGAGCUUUGAGCUUACAAGGGAAUUCUUGCGCCAACAGACGGGUAUAUGA